AUGAUCGUAAUGCCCCAGAGCGAAAGGGACAAUGCCGAGCCCUCAAUGUUUCUCGUGGACGCUGGCGAGAACACCGACGACCAACUCAUUCGAUGCGACUGGUGUAUGACUCACGGAUUUCGAUGGAUUCGUGCAAUAUUUAUUACUCACUUACAUGGGGACCAUAUUUAUGGGCUGCCGGCCUUACUCAUAAACAUUGGACGAUUCGCGCAGCACCGGAGACGUCUAGCAACGGAGAGUGGCGAGGAGAUGGCGGAACCGGUCAUUCAAAUAUUCGGACCUUACGGGACGCGGGGCUUUCUGCGAACUUCUUUGUAUUGGACGAAUCCUGUCGGAGUUCAGUUUUCCGUCGCUGAGCUCGUGCCCAGGCCCACUGACUUUAUUCACUUACGCAAGUUUUCAGAACGAUAUGAGACCAAAAAAACAUUUAUUGUGGAACGCGAGGAUGAUGGAGAGCUCAAUGUGAGCUCGGAACGAGUACUGGACUUAUCAAAGCAGUCUCCUCCUCCUCAUCCUGAAGAAGUACGAACGGAGGAUGUUUGUGUGAGCUCGGACGGACUCUGGCACCUGUGGAUGGAGGGGGACCAAGGCGUGAAAGUCGAGGUGGUUGCGGCUCCAUUGCGGCAUCGACUGCCCUGUUUUGGGUAUGUCUUCCGCGAACGAUUCGAAGCAAACAGGGUGGAUGAGAAGCCCGCAGAGACUGCAUUGAGAAGCACAAACCACACCGUUGGUGUGGCACGCAGUCAAUCGAAUGGUGCGGCUGUGAAUGGCGCCAAAUCUCUAGAUACGCUUGAAAUCGACAAGGUAAAGGCAAAAGAGCUUGGCGUGCACGGAACACAGCUGCGUGUCCUCCGAUCCGGGCGUUCAAUUACGGUGACAAAAACGGGGCUCGUCGUUCAUCCUCAUGAUGUGCUGCAGACCUCACCAGAAAAAAAACAGGGCACUGUGCAAACGCCAAAAUUCUCUGAUGCUUUGGACAAGAAGAGUAGCGGAAGAUUCAGACGGAAAGUGACUGUGUUAGGGGAUACGUGUGACUCGACGUUGAUUCAGGACGCUGCGAUGGACUCGGACUUGCUCGUGCAUGAGGCGACUUUCACACAAGCGCUGAGGGGCAAAGCUAAGGUAUCGAUGCACAGUACUGCUCGGAUGGCCGGGGCAUUUGGGCGACAGAUCAAAGCGAGAAAGGUAGCGCUUACUCAUUUCUCUAGCCGUCUUGAGAUGCUACACGGCGGGGACGAUCCAAGCGAGAAUGGCACGGAAGGGAACGGGAGCGUAAAUGGUAAACCUUACGGUGACGGAGUGCUUGAUGAGGAGAAUGACGAAGAAGAGGACUUGGUGAGCCCAAAUCUUCUAGUGCGAGAGGCUUUACAGGGAUAUGGACGAGGCCAAGGCAAUAUUGUUGCUGCAAAGGAUUUUAUGGAGCACGACAUUAUUCCCUUCGAUUCCAAUGAAGAGAAUGAAGGAAAGGUGGUAGGCGAGUCAUACAAGAUUAAUGCUGCGGCGUCGCAAGCUGUUUGACUGGGCGCCGAUACAGUUAGUUGUCAUAGAAACAUACACGCCCAAAAUGCGUGUUCUUUCUGCACCGAUAAACGUUUGGCCUUGCGGCUAGGGCUAUUCAUUAUUGGA